GUGACACGGCGUUCCGGUCGGCUGUGUCAGAUCUACUUCCUUGUGCGACGACUAGCCUAACGCGAUCACCUGGAGUCAAAUAUGUCGUACAAAUUGUGAUAACCACGGCAUCAUGACUGAUAAUAUUGAGGAGUGUUUGAAAAAGUUUAUUUUCCAUGUUGAUAAUUUAGGAAAAGAGGACGAACCGGGCGGUGAUGGGUUCUGGAGAGAGUUUAAGGAGUUGAGGGAGAUCCAGAUCGCCAACAAGAGUGAGAAUAAAUAUCCGUCUGAGGAGGGAAAGAAGGAAUGCAACAUCAAGAAGAACCGAUACAAAGACAUCCUGCCAUAUGACUACCACCGUGUUGUUCUGUCAAAGCAAGAUGGAGCAGAAGGAUCUGACUACAUCAAUGCCAGCUUCAUAAAGGAUGUUAACGGGAAGAAUGGCUACAUCGCUUCCCAGGGCCCGCUCCCACACACUGUCAAUGACUUCUGGCGUAUGUUGUGGGAGUACAAGGUGGAGAUCGUGUUCAUGGUGUGUCGGGAAGAGGAAUCAGGAAGGCCAAAAUGUGAGCGCUACUGGGAUACGGAGGGCGAGGCCAAAAUGUUUGGGCAACUGGAAGUCACUGUGGAGUCUGAAAAGGUGCUGUUUCCCGACUUUGUGGAGCGUAUCCUGCGUGUGAACUGCGGUGGUGAGAAGCAUGUCGUGAAGCAGUUCCACUACACAGGGUGGCCAGACCAUGGGGUACCGCACCACAGUCGCGAGAUCUACAAGAUGGUGGGCAAGAUGAGGGAGGCGAGACGGUUGCUUGAGAUACCCAUCGUCAUACACUGCAGUGCUGGCUGUGGACGGACCGGGACUAUAUGUGCUGUCGACUAUGCCUGGACAAUGUUGGAUCAAAAUAAAGUAUCCCAUGGCUUUAGCUUGUAUGAAGUUAUCAAACACAUCCGACAGCAGCGCCAAUCUAUGGUACAGACUCCGGACCAGUACGAGUUUGCCCACCUGGUUGUGCAGAGUCUGUGUGAGGACUGGAUCAACCUCUUCCAGGAGCAUGACUACUGCAAUACAGAUUUAUUAGCACCAGCACCAGAUGAUGAUGAGAUAUACUAUAACACACCCGGACAGCUGUCAAGCACACCUUCCCCACCUUCCACACCUUCCACACCAACUCACACAGAAGGGCCACGAAGACCUCACCCUUUGCCUCGACCAACACUGGAAGCAAGAGAUGGCGGAGACAAAUAUGAAAAUGUUGUUAUUCGCGCCCCUUCAGUCAAGGGCCCCAAAAAGCCAUUGCGGGCUGUUUCGGACUCCGGCCAGGCAUAUGAGAACCAAAAACCAUCUGGUGUGUCCAAAACGACAUCAGCGCCACUACCCUUGAAGCAGACUUCCCCAAUGACCCUGAAUAAACAGCCAAGAUCACAGGCUCCGGUUGCACCCACAGCAGGACCCAGCAGUUCUGGUAACACCACCCUACCAAGAGCAGGACAUAGUACUAUAAUUGACACUGGCACUAAAAUCGCAACUAAAAAAACAUUUGCACCACCACCACCUAAAAACCAAGUAAAUGCUCACAAGGCAGGUGUCCUGAACUUUGGCCAAGUUGGUGGUCAGACACCAGUUCCGGUCACCUCAACCAAGAAGCCUGGUGAGGUUACAAAUGGGCAGUCUGAUAUGUAUGGUGAGGUUCUAAAGAAUCCAACUACUGGUAAACUUGGGAGCUACCCGGAUGUAUCUCGCACGGGUCUGGAACAAGGAAAGAAGAAGAGAGGAGGCGCUGUGAAGAAAGCGAUGCAUAAAGCUGAACCCGUCCAGAAUUAUGAAAACUUUCCCGUGCCAGGAAGCCACAAGGAUGCAUACGAGAACUUUCCCCCGUUAAUUACGCAAGAGCAUGCAACAACAGGCCCAGAGAGCCCCACUUAUGACUUUGCCCCAGAGUUGCCAUCUCGAGGGUACGAGAAGGAGGAGGCAAUUACAACACUAUCUCCACCACCAGCCUCUGGAUUCGGGACAGUCAGUGCAUUAGGUGGGGCUGUCCCCUCUGCACGAUCAAGACUUGACAGUUCUGGAGCAGCAGCAGCAGCAUCAGCAUCAUCAAGGACUAUCGAAACAACAUCUUCCAGCAGUCCUAUGACCCGAAGUGUGGCCAGCAGCAUGGACAGCGUCUACUCGGAGAUCUCAAACGUACAGGAGUCACCAAGAAGGACAGAAGGUCCUUCAGUUAGUCGAGCACCCCCUGGGAAUCACCAGCAACUCCAAUUUCAAAAUCACAAUUCAGCUGGUACCAAUUCUCGGAAUCCGUUUGGGGUAAUGAAGGAUAUAUUUCAUAUUCGAAAUCAACGACCAGCAGUGCAAGUGGUGCAAGGUAUACCAGGCGUGUAUAGAUUCAGAGGCCAAGAUGUAGGUUUUGACCAUCGUCCACAAAAACCGAAAGGCAAGAAGGAGGAACCCAGAUACUGGAAGACCUACAUGUAGUGGCGCCGUCGCGGCAUGUGGCGGCAGAACACUCUGUCACCACCAUAGCUGUGCCUGGUGAAUGUCACCCUCUGGACUCCCUGGACUCUCACAGACUUCCUCAGCAGACUCCUCUCCCACAGACUCCCCUGGUGGACUUCUUCUCUCCCACAGACUCCCCAGAUGGACACCCUCAAUCCCACAAACUCCACAGGUGGACACCCUCUCUCCCACAGACUCCCCAGGUGGACACCCUCUCUCCCACACUCCCCAGGUGGACACCCUCUCUCCCACAGACUCCCCUGGCAGACUUCUUCUCUCCAACACUCCCCAGAUGGACACCCUCAAUCCCACAAACUCACUUCACUCUCAGACACCCCCAUUUAUUGUGCCACCAUCAUAGCUGUAUCAGAUACAAACCUGAACUUGGCAUAAAAUAUACAUCGUACAAAAUGAAAACAAGAUCUAACAGUUUUGAGGAAACGUACCUGAAAGUUUCCGAACAUAAAGGGGACUAUGUUGGGAUCAAUAGGCAGUCCAUGCAGGUUUAGUUCACGUCGUUCAAACACAGCUUCCACAAAUUAAACAAUGUACAUCAGUCUGGCAGUUACCCUAUGUACACAUAAAAUGUUUCACACAAGCCACUAAUCACAACGUCAGCCCUAGACUGGAUGUAGGCACCAGAGUCCCACUUUGAACCUUACACUUUCAUCUGCUUAUAGUUUUACAUACUCACCAACAAGAGGUACAGAGAUGUGCCAUCAUACAGGGAUUUUUAUGUACAAAUUAAUUUGGAAUUCCGAUUCUGUUGUCAGGGACUGUGCUAUGCUCACAGGGGUCCUGAAAAUUUAAAAUCCCAAUCGGACAUUUGCAUUUAGGCCACGCCCCCUUUAAAUAGCGUAUCUUAAUCUCUGCAAAUAAAACAAUGCCUUUGAGAGCAGGAAGUACAUUUUAAAUGGUAAAAUCAUCAUGUCUAGUGAUGUUUUAUAUCAAAUUUCAUACUUUUAUUGACCAAGUUUGUUAUGUCUGUUUAUUCACCUGAAGUUGUUGAAGGGAUACGAUAAAACUCAUCAAUUAUUUGGACCCUGAAGGUAGCAUUGUUUGUUUUUAAAAUGUCCGGACAGAAAAAUUUAUAUGUCCGGUAAGCAGUAUUUUAAAUCGGACAUUUGAGAUUCCCAAUCGGACAUGUCCGGCGCAUAUGACCGUUUCCGGACCCCUGUAUGCUCACAAGGAGCAUGUUUUCAUCAAGUUGAUGUGAGCAACUAACACAGAUUUUUUUUUAAAACCAUUAUUACAUUGACAAGGAGUUGUUGAACAAAGAAUUUUCUAAUCUGACAUUUUUUGUGUUAAAGCAUUGGAACAUAAAUUCAUACAUAUCAGAAAUGUUUUAUCCAAAUAUAUAUAUAUAUAUUUUAAUUGUAUGAUUUAUAAUAAAGUUGUUUUUUUUAUAUUGUGUAUAAAUUAUCUGUGUAAAUGUUUAACCAGUGUUAACAGCAUUCAAACCACCUCGUAUUGUAAAGCACCUAUGUCUUCAAGCAGGUCUGUAUGGAUCAGUAACAAUGUAUGUUGAUAAUACCAGACCAGUUCAUGUUUUUCUUAUUGAGACAAUCUUAUCUAAAUUGUGCAAAAGUUAAAAAAUAAAUUAAAAUCAUGUUUAUUGGAAUAUUUCUUUUGUAUUUGUCUUCUUUAGAAUUUAACCUAAAAUCAACCAUAACAUCACAUAUAUUUUUCUUAAUUGCUUCAUUGCACAUUAAUAGAAUAGGAAAAACUAGAAAAUUAAUUGGUAUGGCCUAAUACAUUCUCUGUAUAGCUUGGCCUGCACUCCGGUUCAGUUCUCCACAUGGGUACAAUAUGUGAAGCCCAUUUCUAGCAUCCCCCAAUAAAGUUGGAAUAUUACUAAUAGUGGUAUAAAACUGUUCUCACACCUCACUCACACACUCACUCACUCACACACACACACACACACACACACACACACACACACACACACACAGGUUCAGUUCUCCACAUGGGUACAAUAUGUGAAGCCCAUUUCUAGCAUCCCCCAAUAAAGUUGGAAUAUUACUAAUAGUGGUAUAAAACUGUUCUCACCCCUCACUCACUCACUCACUCACACACACACACACACACACACACACACACACACACACUUGCCCUGCUCUCAUGGACAUAAGACAAAGAUGGCUGUUUGAGGUAUUUUAUCUGUACAGCAUUUGGAUGUUCGAACAUGGAUACUUUUCAAAGAACUUCUUUAAGAGACUGACCAUUUAAUUACCUUGGCAGAUGGCCUGGGAUAAGAGAUGGGAUAUUUUUUCAGUUACUGCUUUGAAAACACAAUUUCUUCCUGUUAAAAGAUCUGAACAAUUUCCUUGUUUUUCCCCAACACAUACUAUUUCAGGACAUCAAGUAAAAAUGUUAUUUUUGUGAAAAAUGUGAGGACAUUAUUUUUUUUCUCAUGUCUUUCUGGAACAAAUAAUAUUUUCCCCAAAAGAGUCCCUUCUACCCCUCUGUCCUUGAACAUCAAUGGUCGGCCCCUAAGCACUGAUACCCAGGGGUACUUCAUUAUAUUCCGAACUACUCGGUAUAUGGAAUGCCUGCUUCCAACCAUGACAGUGAUAGAUACUCUUCAUCUUUUUGUUGAAACUUGAUGACAUAUGCUUUAAAAAGUAACUUGUGAGUGCUUGUAAAUAAUUGAUAAUACAUACUUUGUUUUAAGAAGUUGUAAAUAUUGAAAUAGUUAUUUUUACUGAUUUUCCAGAGAUUUAUCUGAUUAUUGUGAAGAGGUUUUUUGUUGAUAUUGAAUAACUUAGGAUGCACCAACUAUUAUUACCUUGGUGUGUGGCGUGAUAGUAAUGUCAAUGUGUCUGCAAAUACAGAUAUUGGGAUAUUCAUGACACCAAGAAUACAUGUGACAGUUCACUGAUAUGUCAGGUGUUGUUCAACUCCACUGACGUCACCCCAUUUGGAAAGUGUACACAGCUCAGAGAAUAAUUGACUUGUGUACUAUUUAUGUAAAACAUUCUGGUCUUUGAAAGACAUUUAGAAGUGAUACACAUAAGGAAGAGAAUUUAUGGAUGUCAACUUCUUAAGUAUGAGGAACACAAUGUUUCGGAGUAUAUGCUUACUCCUUCAUCAGGUAAACUGAAUGAAUGAAUGAGUAAGCAUAUACUCCGAAACGUUGAGUGAUGCAGCAAUGAUAUAACUUGGUGUAAAACAACAUUCACUCAUUUAUUGAAAAUGAUAUGCUCCAAGAAGAGAGAGAUUUUCAAGAAAAUAGGACCUAUUCUUACUGAACACUUUGAAUUAAAUGACAGAUCUUUGUUACGAGAUAAUAUAUAUAAGUACAGCUAUUGUUACCAUAAAUAUUUUAUAUUGCAAACAAUAUAAGCCGUAUACACCAAAUCUGCCGAUACAGCAAUUUCAGCUUCAGUUCUGACCUGUUUGUAUGCCAUGAUUGUACAGCCUACAAGAUAUCCUUAUGAUGUAACAUUUUGUAUAGUUUGUGCUGUUAUUUUGUUGUUGAUGUUUAUCUUGUUUUCUACACAAUGUUAUCCAAACUUACAUCAUUCCAGUACUGUAUUUAUCACACAGAUAUUUACUGCUAAUGCAACAGUUCCAUUGUUAAGCCACCUGUAGUUAACCUUGACCUUUAAUUGGUACCAUUAAAUAUGUAUAGAGACAUAGAAGGGUUCCAAGAUUGGUGCCAAUGUUGGACAUAAAUGUUGGACGUGUAGCUGGUAUUAUAUUACCAUAUGCUAGAUAAGUUUAUUUUCUUUUUUACAAGCUUACCUGACGUUUUUGAAAAGUAAAUUAAGGAUAAAUUAAGAAGAAUUUUGGUUUGGUGUUAAGAUUUUUUAUUUAACGGGGUUUCUGUCAGAAAAUUGUCCUCAAAUUUGCCCCAAUACUUUUUUAUUUGACUUCCUGCAUUUCACAUAUUGACAAAUCUGUGGAACCAGAUAUUAGAUUGUAUUGGUCAGUUAUGGUAUUUAUAAAGGCAAAACAAGAUAAUAAUCAGUGAGUGCUGCAUAGCACGAUAUAUCUACUUACACUGGUCCAUAAUUUUGUGCAGGUGUGUCAAAUUAUAAAAUGACCACCUGAACCUUUAUUAUUGGAGGCAGCAACACAUACCGUCUUACCCAACUUAUCAACUCAUUAGACUGUAUGCUAUGUGGGGCCAUGAAUUAACCUCAUCAAAAGCGAUAUGUCGAGUUAAUGUACUUUUAGAUCUUGAAGUUAUUGAAAAUUCAUUGGCGCCAUUCUGCAAAGCCAUGUUACCGCCAGGACGAUUGCAGCUCCCAUAUUUUAACAGACGUGCAUCAAUCAUAGGGCUAAGAUUGAUCUGUUGAAUUGGUCCCUGGGAUGUUGAUAAGUGAAAUACCUCUAACUCAACAUAUUGUGUAAUACAAUAUGACUUUUUUUAUACUAACAGAACAAUUAUUAUGUAUUUACAUUCAAUGGUCCCCAGAGCUUUUAUUCCAUCAGGUUGCAUGCACUUGGUUAAUAAAGAUCAGAAAAGGGA